AUGAAAAGAGAUCUACGGUUUAAUAGAAUUAAAGAAAUCCAGCCUGCGUUUAGACGACUUAAAAACCUGAACACAUUGCUUCUGAACAACAAUCAGAUUAAAAGGAUACCUAAUGAAGCAUUUGUAGACCUUGAAAAUCUAAAAUAUCUCUAUUUGUACAAGAAUGAAAUCCAGUCAAUUGACAGGCAAGCAUUUAAAGGACUUGCCUCUCUAGAACAACUGUAUCUGCACUUUAAUCAAAUAGAAACAUUGGAACCUGAGUCCUUUACCCAUCUUCCAAAACUUGAAAGACUAUUUUUACAUAACAACAGAAUAGCUCAUUUAGUUCCUGGGACUUUUAGUCAUCUAGAAUCAAUGAAGAGACUGCGUUUAGACUCAAAUGCUCUCCACUGUGACUGUGAAAUUCUAUGGCUAGCAGAGCUGUUGAAGACAUAUGCAGAAUCUGGUAAUGCCCAAGCAGCAGCUACCUGUGAAUAUCCAAAAAGGAUCCAGGGAAGAUCAGUGGCCACAAUAACGCCAGAAGAACUUAACUGUGAGAGGCCAAGAAUUACAUCAGAGCCUCAAGAUGUAGACGUUACCUCAGGGAAUACAGCAUACUUCACUUGCAGAGCUGAAGGGAAUCCUAAACCAGAAAUUAUCUGGCUUCGAAACAAUAAUGAGCUCAGUAUGAAGGAGGAUUCCCGCCUAAACUUAUUAGAUGAUGGUACUCUAAUGAUUGAGAAUACUCAAGAGACAGACCAGGGCAUUUACCAAUGCAUGGCAAAAAAUGUGGCAGGAGAAGUGAAAACUCAAGAAGUUACUCUUAGGUACUUUGGAUCACCAGCUAGACCAAGUUUUGUGAUCCAUCCACAAAACACAGAAGUAUUAGUUGGAGAAAGUGUUACCUUGGAAUGCAGUGCAACUGGCCACCCCCAGCCACGAAUCACAUGGACAAAAGGCGACAGAACUCCUUUACCAAAUGAUCCUCGAAUCACAAUAACUCCUUCAGGAGGGCUAUACAUACAGAAUGUGAACCAGGAAGAUAGUGGCGAGUAUACUUGUUUUGCAACUAACAGCAUAGAUAAUAUCCAUGCGACUGCUUAUAUUAUAGUCCAAGCUUUGCCUCAGUUUACAGUCAUUCCUCAAGAUAGAGCAGUGAUUGAGGGACAAACUGUUGACUUUCCUUGUGAAGCACAAGGUUAUCCACAACCUGUUAUUGCCUGGACUAAAGGAGGGAGCCAACUGUCAGUUGAUAGAAGACAUUUAGUACUGUCAUCUGGAACCUUGAGGAUUUCCAGAGUGGCUUUACAUGACCAAGGCCAAUAUGAGUGUCAAGCUGUCAAUAUUAUAGGAUCUCAAAGAAUUACUGUAUACCUAACAGUACAACCCAGAGUUACCCCGGUGUUCACUAGCGUUCCAAGUGAUAUGACAGUAGAAGUUGGAACAAAUGUUCAGAUUCCCUGCAGUAGUCAGGGAGAGCCUGAGCCAGUAAUAACAUGGAACAAGGAUGGGGUUCAGGUAACAGAAAGUGGGAAGUUUCAUGUUAGUCCAGAGGGAUUUCUCACCAUUCGUGAUGUUGGAACAGCUGAUGAAGGCCGAUAUGAAUGUGUUGCCCGGAAUACUAUAGGCUACUCUUCUGUUAGCAUGGUUCUAAGUGUUAAUGUUCCUAAUGUCAGUCGAAAUGGAGAUCCAUUUGUACAAACAUCAAUUGUGGAAGCAAUCGCUACUGUUGACAGAGCUAUAAAUUCAACACGUACACAUCUAUUUGACAGUCGUCCUCGUUCUCCAAAUGAUUUGCUAGCCUUAUUUCGAUACCCAAGAGAUCCAUACACUAUUGAGCAAGCGAGAGCUGGAGAAAUAUUUGAAAGAACCUUACAGCUUAUUCAAGAUCAUGUACGAGAUGGUUUAAUGGUUGACCUAAAUGGAACAAGCUAUCACUAUAAUGAUCUUGUAUCUCCACAGUACUUGAACCUGAUAGCAAACCUAUCGGGCUGCACAGCCCACAGAAGAGUGAAUAACUGUUCAGAUAUGUGCUUUCACCAGAAAUAUAGGACUCAUGAUGGAACUUGCAAUAACCUGCAGCAUCCAAUGUGGGGAGCCUCUCUAACAGCCUUUGAACGCUUGUUGAAGUCAGUUUAUGAAAAUGGAUUUAAUUUGCCUAGGGGCAUUGGAUCUAAUAGACACUAUAAUGGAUACACACUCCCUAUGCCUCGCUUGGUUUCCACUACUUUAAUAGGAACUGAAACAAUAACCCCUGACAAUCAGUAUACUCACAUGCUAAUGCAGUGGGGUCAAUUUCUUGAUCAUGACCUUGACCUCACAGUUGCAGCUUUAAGUGAAGCAAGGUUUUCUGAUGGUCAGCAUUGCAGUUCGGUUUGUACAAAUGAUCCUCCUUGUUUCUCAAUCAUGAUACCACCAAAUGACCCCAGAGUUAGAAAUGGUGCACGCUGCAUGUUUUUUGUACGUUCCAGUCCUGUUUGUGGAAGUGGCAUGACAUCUCUUUUAAUGAAUUCUGUUUACCCACGGGAACAGAUCAACCAGCUGACUUCUUAUAUUGAUGCAUCCAAUGUAUAUGGUAGUUCAGACCAUGAGGCACUAGAAAUCAGAGACUUUGCAAGUCAAAGGGGCCUUCUGAGGCAGGGUAUUGUACAAAGAUCAGGCAAGCCUCUUCUUCCCUUUGCUACUGGUCCACCAACAGAAUGCAUGAGAGAUGAAAAUGAGAGCCCGAUUCCUUGCUUCUUAGCUGGGGAUCAGCGUGCUAAUGAACAGCUGGGUCUCACCAGUAUGCAUACAUUGUGGUUUAGAGAACACAAUAGAAUUGCUACAGAGCUACUGAAACUGAAUCCACAUUGGGAUGGUGACACGAUAUAUCACGAAACACGCAAAAUUGUUGGUGCAGAAAUGCAACAUAUAACAUACAGCCAUUGGCUACCUAAGAUCUUAGGAGAGGUAGGCAUGAAGAUGCUUGGAGAAUAUAAAGGUUAUGAUCCCAAUGUUAAUUCUGGCAUAACUAAUGAGUUUGCAACUGCCGCUUUUAGGUUUGGUCAUACACUUAUCAAUCCUUUAUUGUAUCGGCUGGAUGAAAACUUUGAACCUAUUCCACAAGACCAUGUACCUCUUCAUAAAGCAUUCUUCUCUCCAUUUCGGAUUGUAAAUGAAGGCGGCAUUGAUCCACUUCUAAGGGGAUUGUUUGGUGUGGCUGGUAAGAUGCGUGUACCAUCGCAGUUACUCAAUACAGAAUUAACAGAAAGACUCUUCUCCAUGGCACGUACUGUGGCUUUAGAUCUGGCAGCUAUGAAUAUUCAAAGAGGCAGAGAUCAUGGAGUUCCUCCCUAUCAUGAUUUUAGAGUGUACUGUAAUCUAUCUUCAGCUCAGACUUUUGAAGAUUUGAAAAAUGAAAUUAAGAAUCCUGAAAUCAGGGAGAAACUUAGCAGAUUAUAUGGUUCACCGCUGAAUGUAGAUUUAUUUCCUGCUCUAAUGGUAGAAGAUUUAGUUCCCGGUAGUCGAUUGGGACCGACUUUGAUGUGUCUGUUGAGUACACAGUUUAAACGUCUUCGGGAUGGAGACAGGUUAUGGUAUGAGAACCCUGGUGUAUUUACUCCAGCUCAGCUCACUCAGAUCAAGCAGACUUCCCUUGCCAGAAUUCUUUGUGACAACAGUGACAACAUAACCAAGGUGCAACGUGAUGUCUUUAAAGUGGCAGAGUUCCCACAUGGAUAUAGUACCUGUGAAGAUAUUCCUAAACUGGACCUCAGGAUGUGGCAAGAUUGCUGUGAAGAUUGUAGAACUAGAGGACAGUUUAAUGCAUUUUCAUACCACUUUCGGGGAAGACGCUCUCUUGAUUACAGCUUCCAGGAGGACAAGCCCUUAAAGAAAGCAAAAACAGUAAAAACAGUAAGUUCUACAAAACAGGGUAAAUAUUUUAAUAACGCCACUUUGUCAUCUGAGGAACAUAUGAAAGUACCUGUGUCAAAUGACUUCAGAGAAUUUGUUUUGGAAAUGCAAAAAACUAUUACAAGCCUCAGAAACCAGAUAAAGAAACUUGAAUCACGUCUCAGUAGAACAGACUGCACUGAUGAAAAGGGUAAAUCAUAUUCCACCAAUGAAACCUGGAAAAGAGACCCUUGUACAAUGUGUGAAUGCAAAGUUGGUCAGGUUACUUGUUUUGUAGAAUCAUGUCCUCCAACUGACUGCGCUGCACCAGUAAAGGUCAAAGGAGCUUGCUGUCCAGUCUGUUUAAAGCAAACUAUUAGCAAGGGAAAGAAGCCAUAAAACUUCUUUUAAGAAUUUAGGAUGCAUCCUUUUUCAAGCAUAUCAAUGCCUGCUGAUAGCAGUUACAGGUAACCACAGGCUUAAAAUGACAGCAAGAAAUCAGGAUUUACAUGAUGACUUUCUAAAGGUGCUGUAAUAGUGUGAGACAAUGUGUUGUUUUGUUCCUUGCCCAUAAAAGAGAUAAUCACAAUGCAAAAAAUAUUGAAAGGGAAAUGAAGCCGAUAGGUCAAUAAUUUUGUAUUAAACUUCUCAGGUUAGUCAAACUGAAACUGGUGCUACUUCUAAAAGAACACUGUCAAAUGUUGAGAACCCAAACUGAUUUAUCUUAAAAUUAAUACACCAUGACAUUAGUACACCAUCUCCUAUCUAUGAGAAAUGACUUCAAUAGUACUUUUUACACUUUCUCUUCUAAAACUUUCAGAUUUGACAGGGAGAAGUAAAAUAAAAUAUGAAUAAACACUGUUCCCAGAACAAGGCCAAUAUAGGGUUAAUAUCUGCCCAUUUCUACAUUUGGAUUCUGUAGUCAGUUAUUUUUGUAUAUCACCAAAGAAAGUUUGCAGUUAAAGAACUUUCUUUUAAUACAAUAAAAAGGUAAUUAUCUUUUGAUAAAUUUUAAAAAAAAUGAAAUUACAAGGGAAGGAAAUGCCGUGUUCCUAGAAAGCUAUUAAAAAUCGAAUGCAUAACAAAAAAAAUUGGCAGUGUCUUGAAUGUGGUUUUUUUUCUCACUUUAGGAAAUAGUAAAUAAAUCAUACUACAUAGCAUUUAAUCUUAAAAUGAACAUAACCAUUUUUGUCAAAACCUAUGUAAAUGCUUAGCUACUAUUGUGAUUCAUUUAUUUUAAAUCAUAGUAAAAUGACCAUCCAAAAUCAAGUUUGUGCGCAUGUCUCUCUUAAUCUCAGACAUGCUCACAUACAUAGUUAGUAUUGGCCCUGUUCUGAAAACCUGAAAACAAGUUGCAUACCAUUUUGUAUACAAAGAUACCUACUGAAUAAUUUUCCAUAUUAUCAUAGGUUCUUUGCUAUAUUGUGGCACUGUUUGUGAAAAAAACAGCACAAUGAAACAUUAAUAAUUAAUUGUGGAUUGACUACUCAUUUUCUGCCUGAAGAGGUAUUUCAGUUUUUAGGGUUUCUCCAGUUUCAUUUAACACACACACAUUUUUAGCUCAGUCCUUAUAUCGACUUUCUGAUCCACCAUUUAACUUUGUUUUCCAGCUUACUACAUUUUUAACAUUAUAGAAUCUAGGUGGAUGUUCAUGUGUCCAAUUGUGUACUUUUUAGCACUCCAAUUUUCCAUCUUGUUACAAAGAAUAUAUUAUAUUAAGUGAAGGACAACUAUCAUACCUCAUUUUACAGUUUUGUUUUGUAUUUCAUUUAUAGUGCUUCUUCACAAAAAAUCCCUAACUUAGAAUAUAUGGCUCAGUCCUGAAGUGCUUAUUCAAACACAAGUCCUGUUGAAGUUUAUUAUGUUCAGUGACUUCUAAAUUAGUUGUUAGGAUUUAAAGAUCAGGGAUUUGGUGAUUAAUGGAAUCUGCACAAAAGUAACCAAGUGAGUCCUUUCAAAAUAUGUAAGCAGACUGAAUGCUUAAUUUGCAUGAUCUGUAGCAACCAUGCAAGUUCCACUAUAAUAUUUUGGCACAUAAUUUCCAUGAUUACGGUCUUUAAUGUUUUAUAAUCUGAUAAUCUACAUACUAUGACAAUAUCAGUAUAUUACAAGCUUACUAGAGAGACUUUUGUCAUGGCAUAGUAAGAGUGAUAUGUACAUAUGAGUGGUGUGUUAAGCAAAGGUGUAUGUUAGAGAUACAUGUGGUACUACAACUUACGUGUUUAAGAAUAUUUGAAUUGAUUUUUUACAUAAAGUUUUGACUUAGGUAACCUUCUAUUUUAAUACUUUUAGAAAUUGUGUUUGGCGAGCUUGUUUUGAUAAUCAGGACCUGUAGGGCUCGCCAUUCCUCUUUCAGUUUGUUUUCGAUAUGCUGGUAGCUUGGUUUUGAUGAAAAUCUGUACCACAUAUCUCAUCCUGCAAGCCCAAUGAAGGUGGAACUUCCAGUUCCCUACAACAGGUAUUCUCUAGAGGUAAGGCUGGUGAACUAAAGCAGUGUCAUGAUUAAAGUAUCUGUAUGGUUGUAUAAACCAGUGACAGUAAUAUAUCCAAUAGGUUACCACUUCCAUCUUUUAUCCCUGAUUAUAUUUUAAUUAAACAUGCUCAGGAUUCAAUCAUGGCAAAAGAGUGUUCAUUUAAAUAUUAUAUAAUAGUACCAUGUAUCUGAUUUUUUCCCCCUUCAGAAUAAAGUGAGUAUCUGUUCACCAUUCAGUAUUUACUCAUUCAAUAUAUUAAGAGGGGCUUAAGAUUUGAGACAUGUUUAGAAAACUGUUAACUUGAAUUAUCUUCCACUAAACAGCUGGUAAUAAAACAUUCAGGAAAAAUGGCUUCAUCUACAGGAAAACAUACUAAGCAAUUAUGGAAUGUCUAAAUUCACUUUUAUUUCAGUGUGUGUGUAAUCAGCACCCAUUUAAACAUUUCUGAAGCAGUGGCCAGUGGCUCGAUGACCAUUUCCUCAGUAUCCACUGUGAGAAUAUUGCUGUAAUAUGUUGCUAAUUGUGCAUAUUUAUUUACUUUUUAAAAAGUUACCUUAAGUAAAGUCUUUCUUAUUUUUAUUGUAAUCAGUAAUUUACCAAAGAACUGUUUGCACUGUGUAAUGUAUGCUUUUCAGUUCAAAUAAAAUGGGCCAUGUUUCCAAAUACA